AUGAGUCCAAACUACCGUUCUCAUCAAUACACAGCAGUAAUGCGGUGGCGGGGAUGGUGGAGUUGGUUACCACGCUUCCUUAUUCAAACUGAACUGAGUUGGUCUGGCGUAUGCUGGCUCAGCAAGGGGGGAAGAAGUCGUCUGUUCAAAUCGGGCUCCCUGCGGUGCGAUCUUUUUGCCCUUCUUUUGCUUUUCUUUUGCACUUUCUAUUGUCCUUUUGUCUGUUCAAUUCCCUUUUGA